AUGCGACAAUUGCCUGAUAACGUAUCCAGCUAUUCCCGGAGCUACGAUGGAACGAUGCUCGCAUUCCUUGUGCGAGGCAAAGUCGUGUACACACUCGGCGGCCACGAAGCACUGGAUAAAGUCCGCGCUUAUAAGUUCCUUGAGCAGCUUGUUCCAUCCGUUCUCCCCUUUUACUCUCCUACUUCUCCACAUCGGGAUGGAUGGCUGCGGGAAGAAGAGAGGGGCAUGGAGCAGCUGGGUCUAGAGAGGGGCAUGGGGAUGGGCCUAGAGAGUGAGGAUAGCGCCGUGAAGGUGGAGGUAGCUGAUAGUAGCAGCGGUUGUGAGGAAGAUGAGGAGGAGGGUGAAGAGGAGGAGGAGGAUUUUGCACAGAAGGGUGCUGGGAAGGGGCUGACUGGAGGGACAAGGGACCGAAGCCGCAAUGGGACCGUUGUGGGUUCAAGUUCGGAUUUCAGGCGGGCAGGAGGAAAAGGGAGGUCUGUUAGUAGUGGGGGGUCUGGAGGGGCGGGGUCCGGUUUUGAUGAGGAUUUGUCAGGCGACGGAUUGCCGGGUAGGGUAGGUUCGUUCCCGAAUCUGUCCCCUCGUCUGGUCAAAGCAGCCAGAGCAGCUGGAGCAGCCGGAGCAGCAGGGGCGUCAGAGGCAGUAGGGGCAGCAGGGGCAGCAGCAGGAGGGAAAGACAAGGCUCUCGUCGUUGCUUAUGGACGCUGUAGGUCGUUGUCGUUUGGAGGGAGCAGCAACACGCGCCUGCAGGCUGAUGAUUGCAGUGGUGACGAGGAUGACUACACAGAGGAUAGUUUUGAUGAGGAGGACCAGGUGGACAAAAGACGUGGUGAUUAUAACAAGGUUUACCAUAGCAGAGGUUCUACUGGUGGUGGUGGUGGUGAUGGUUAUUCUGUUCUUGGUGGAAAAGGGAAUGAGGAGAAGAAGAAGGUGUUUGGAUCAGGAAGGAGAGGAAUCAGAGAGGGUAGCGACCCUGGGAGGAGACAAGAUUUUAACUCUGGACUUUCUGAAAGGCGUGUAGUAGGAGCUUCCUUGUCCCUGCCUCACGAUGAAACCCGCUUCUCGCACUCACAAGCUGCUGACGUACAGCACACAGUGCGUGUGGCAGCAUCCGUGAGUGGUAGUGCUGGGAACGGCACCAAAAUUGGUGGUAGAAGUGGCAGGGAAGUUGAUCAUAGGAGUGCCAUUACUGGGGCUCGUGCUGGGGCUAGUAGCAGCAGUGCGUUGGCUCGAGGGCACAUAGGGAAGUCGUUUUCUCAAGACUACACGAUGCAGGUUUUUCCGAGGGAGGAGCUGCCAGGUGGGCAGGGGCAGAGGGCGUCUGAUGGUGCAAAGGGUGGGAGUGGAGGUGGGUCGCACUCGCUCCGUGGUGGGGAAAGGGGUUCCGGUGAUUCGCCUUCCAGCCAAGCAUGGAACUCAGAGGUUGCGAGCAGAUUAGCAGCUGUGGGCGCUCGUGUGCUGGCAGGGAGUGGGGGAGGAGUAGGGGGGGGGGGAUUACAGGGAGGGGCAGCAGGGGGGGGAAGAGUAGGGGGAGGAGGGGUAAGGGGGGGAGGAGCAGCAGAAAGAGCGGGCUUAGUAGGGGCAGGGUUAGUAGGGGCAGAAUCAGGAUUCUCAAGGGGCGGUUCAGGGGAUGAUCUGUUUGACGACAUCUCGGAAGGCGACGAGGAUGAUUCUGACGCGUUUGAGUGGCGCCCAUCUCGUUGCCGCGCUCGCAUGCUGCGCGGCGUGGCCCGGUCCACGUCAGCAGUCACCUCUCCCACGUCAGCAAUGGGUUGGACAGGCUGGCGCGAUCUGAGUCAGCAGCAGCAGCAGCAGCAGCAGCAGCAUCAGCAGCAGCAGCAGCAGCAGCAGCAGCAGCAGGCAGCACAUGCUCACUCGCAUAAGCCUCGCCAGAAGCACUCCCGGGAGGAGAAGUCUAGGGAGAGGCCGCACUCAGCAGGGGCAGGCAGAGAGAGCUAUGGGGCGAGAGGAUCAGCAGAACCGUCUUGGUCAGUAAGCGCUGCAGGAACAGGAGGAGCAGCAGAAAGAGCAAGAACAGGAGGAUCAGCGAGCACAAGGCCUGGUUCAGCUUCGUCUGUUGACAGGGAGAAGGGGAAGGGUGGCAGGAGGAGAGAUGAUAAAAGCGGGGCUGCUGCUGCUGCUACAGUGGCUGGUAGAACCGCCGUGCCUGUGUCGGUGUCGCUGGGUGUGACGGGCACGUCUUUCUCUCCCGGGAAUGGUUUGUCUUCGCCUUUGGGUGGCGGCAGCACCUUGGGUGGGAUGUUUCCCCGUCACAGCAGUGUGGGUUCUGCUGGCAGGCGUGAUAGUGGUGACGGUGGCAGCAGGCACAGAGGCAGUGGUGAUGGUGGCAGGCAUGGUGGUGGCGAUGGUGGGAGCAGAGAGGCAAGAGGGGUCAGGCGUAGGGGCAGCGGAACAGGAGCAGGAGCAGGAGCAGGAGCAGGAACAGAAACAGGAGGGGGAGCAGGAGGAGUAGCAGGAGGAGCAAGAGCUGGAGGAGGAGGGGGAGGUGGGGAGGAAUGGGAAGAUGAAGGGGCUUGGGAAUGGGCAAGGGCUGGAUAUGAAAGGGGAGGAAGAGGAGGAGGAGGAAGAGACGUGGGUGAAGGUGAGAGGCUAGUUUCCCCUUCUCCUCCCUCAGCUAGAAGACCAAUUGCGAGGCGCACGAGAUCAGGGGUGUCACACAGUGCAGAAUUCAUUUCCCUCCGACACGUAAAGGGGCUGUUGCAUACAGGCAGCAGUGGGGGCGGCAGCAGAGACGAGCCUUGUUUGGAUCCCUCUAGCUUUGGUCAACGGAGCAGCAGCAAACAGGUCGCUGUAACACCUACUGGUAGUUCCCGAAGGGGGCAUAGGCAAGGCAGGAGGAGAGGAGGGAGCGUCUCGAUGUUGGAUUCAGAGGAAAAUGAAUCCGGACCUGCUCAGAUAGACUCUCGGCACUCCUCUCGACCAUUCUCCACCUCUCGAGCAGCAGCAGCAGCAGCAUCACCAGCAGCAGCAGCGUCACCAGCAGUUGCAGCUCUCUUCUCUUUAGCCCGUCGCCCCCACCCGCCCUUCAGCCCGCGAACCGCUCCCACCUCCCCCUCCUCCCUCUCCCUCCUAGUCUCCCCGCGCUAUUCCCGAGGCCGCAGCUUCGGGUUCGGCCGAACCUCCAGCACGCGCCAAUCAGAGCGCGAGGAGCAGGCACUAGCAGCCAAAAAGGCCCAGUUGGCCACGUUCAGCCGAUGCGUGAGCACGGGGGAUUGGGAGGGGGAGGCGAGGGGGAAGAGCAUCGGGAGGAGCGAGAGCGAGAGUGAGAGUGGGGAGGAGUUGCAAUGGGAAAAGGGCAGGAGCGGGGGCGGUAGCGGGGGCGGGGGAGGGAGGAGCGGGGGCAGGGGCACCAGCGGGGGCAGGGGCAGGCACGGAAACAGAGAAAAAAUGUAUCCUCGUGAGGCGAAACCACCUGGUGGUGGGGUCAAUCGAUCUGUAGACAGGUCUACCAGCGGCCGUGGCGAUGGCACGGCCGAUGGUUACACCGAUACCACCAGUGGUUACGCAGACGGCACAGGUGGUUACCACCUCGCACGCGAACCCUCCCUCUUCUCCCCAGUUGCAGAGGACGAGGGCCAGGAGCCCCUCUCCUCCUCCACACUCUCCUCCUCUGCGUCUUCCUCUGCAGCCUCCCUCUUCCUUCGCUCCAUGAGCUCUGGAAGGGCCGAAGACCUGCUAUUGCAGCAGUUUCACCGCCACCUCUCUCCUGAGGUUCGCCCCGGCACUGCUGGUGGCGCCUGGGGAAGCAGAAACCACGCAGGUGACGAUUCGGGUGGUGGAAAUCGGAGUUCCGGCGAUUGGGGUAGUGGUAAUGGUGGGAAUGGAGUCACAGGGAAGGGAAAAGACGGAGUGGAGGGACGAGUGGGAGGCGGGCGCAGAGGGGAGCUGGGGCGAGGAGGGGUUGGGGCGGUAGGGGGCGGAGAAGCAGCAGCAGGAUUGCGAGCGGCGUUUGUGACUGGGAGAGCGCGCAGCAGCAGCUUCAGUGGCGCUGCCGGUGGGUUUGCAGGCAGAGGAGGGGGCGGAUGGGGUGGGGAAGACGACGAGGGAAGCACACCCGGGGGAGGUGCAUCUGCGGGAGGUACACCUGCGGGGGAAACACCCAGGGGAGGUGGAUAUGGUAGCGGGACGAGCAGCGGUGCGGAAAGCACUGGGUCAGUGAUUGAAAGAGGCGGCGGUGGUGGUAAUAGUGGGAGAAGGAGAAGCGGGGGUUUGGGGAGCGGGGAUGGGGGGGAGGGCACUGGGGGGCCGAGGCUGACAGAGGCUCAGAAGCAGCGGUGGCAGGAGUAUCAGCAGCUGCUGCCUCCGCUCACGCUGCCGCCUGUGCUGGAACGCAGGCUGAAAAUGCAGGAGGCGGUUCUGAAGAGGCAGGAGGCGCUGCUGCUGGAAGAGCUGCAGCAGCAGAAGGCGCUGCAAGAGCAGAAGAGAGCUGAGGAGCAGCGGAAGCAGGUGGAGGAGGAAACUCAGCAGCAGCAGCAGCAGCAGCAGCAGCAGACGGAAAGACAGCAGGUUGCAGGAAAGCAGGAGGCGGAUUUGGUUUCACAGAAGCAAGUAGAGCCACAAAAGGGACAGCAGAAUCUGCCAGAGGAGGGACAGCAACAGCAACAGCAACAGCAGCAGCAGCCACAGCUACAGCUGCCGCUACAGCCUCAUCCGCCCCAGAAACCAAGGCUGGAGCCGCAGCCCCCCCAGCAGCCGAGGAAGGAUCGUGACCGUCCGUUUGUGCGUCAGAGGAUCUGCCACUCGGACGAGUUCAUCCGGCUGCCAGCUGGCAUGACUGCCCGUGGGGGCGGCAGCCUCGUCGGCUUGUCCACGCGGGCGCACUGCCUGGCAGCUGCUGCCACGUCUGCAGAGUCUCCUGCGGGCGGCAGACUGAGCUUAGGAGACGGAGGAGGAGGAGGAGAAGGAGGAGGGGAAGGCGACGGGGUAGGAGGAGGGGGGCGAGCGGGAGGAGGAGGAGGGGACGAUGGAGGAUGGGGCAGAGGAAGGGGAGGAGGGGGAAAUGGAGGAGGGGGGGGAGUGGGAGGAGGGGGAGGAAGGGGCAGGGGACGAGGUGGGGGAUGGUCAAGGGAGAUCCCUGUAUCCCUGUCCACAUCCGGCAUUCCCCCUUCAGUUCUCGACUCACAAUCAGACACAAUGAAUGACGCUAUGGCAGAUUCUAUGACCCCCACACAAUCCCCCGUCUGCACGCCACCGCCAUACGCGCGCUCGCUCGUGUACGGCCGCUCCCCCCGCACGGCCUUUGACCGCUACCGCAUUCGCAGCCUGGGGGCCAUCGCGCCAGGGGGGCUUGUGGCUGGCUCCAUUGUUGUGGGGGGAGCGGAGGGAGCGGGCAGCGCAGCAGCUUCUGGCGCAUCUGCUGCACUUGCUGGUGCUGCUGCUGGUAAUGAUGGGGAUGCUGAUACUGAUGCUGCUAAUGCUGCUGAAGCAGGGGAGGGGGCGGCAGUAGCAAGCUCUGUGGACGAGCAGGGAGGCGGGGCGAGCAGGCUGCGGGGAUCAGUGGGGUUCACAGCACCCUCAGGCCUCACCUGGGACGAGGAAAUCUCCCGGAAGCUGGCUCUGCGUGGGGUGCAGGUUCGGCCGACCAGCAGCAGCGUUUCAGCAGCAAGCCCCUCGUCUGCUGCUGCUCAUCAGCAGUCUAGGCCCGCAGCAGCACGAGGGGCAGCAGAAGGGGCGGCCGGAGCUCCAGGUGUAAUCUCAGGUGGAGACUCAGAUGACUGUACCGGUGGGGGUGCAGGGUGGUUGGAGGGGAAGGAACGAGGCAGCAGUCUUUUCUUCGCUGUUCCCGCUGCCCCGAAUUCCCAUACAGCUACAGCAGGUGUAGGGGCAGGUGGGGCAGCAGGGGCAGCAGGGAGAGGUGGGGACAGAAGCUCCUCUGAAGGUAAUAAUCGUGCUUCUCCAACUGCUGCCUCUCCAGGUGCAAGGCUCGUGCUUGAUUCAGCAGCAGGCUCCUCUAAAUCCCUCCCCAGGCACAUCUCACCACCAUCACCUCCACCAUCGCCACCACCAACUGGCGCAGCAGCAGUAUCAGGGUUAUCACCUGGGAGGUCCCUCCACCAUUCCCCAAGGUCACCUACCCCAGUUAUCACCUACCCCGAUUUCACCGAGCUUACUCUCGACCUAUCAGAGACAAUCCCCCUCACCCCCUCCCGCUCUGCCAAGGGGUUUUCCCUGCCCGCCUCCCCUGCUGCCGUCGCCUUUGCUGCUGCCGUGGCUGAGGUUGACGCGUCCGGAUUCGCUGUACCGGAGCAGAUGCUGCGGGCAGAGAAGGGCGGGAAUGAGCUGGGGUCAGAGAAGGGCGGAGCAGGAGGGCCGUUUGCGUCGUGGCGCUCCGGGAGUGGUGCUAGCAGCGGGAGCAUAAGCAGGGGCAAGGCAACUAAAAAGUGUGAGUAG